UAUUCCCCAAAUUACAUACCGCUGCUCCAAGUGCAGCGGUAUGUCCUCACAUACAGGUUCAGCCAAGAUCACUUGGAGCUCCUGUUUAAUUCCAUCAGAGCGUCAGGUGGCUGGAAUAACAACCCAUCAGCAUGCCAGUUCCAGGCCAUCUUCCGCCGGCUGAUGGUUCGGUGUGGGGUUACACCCAGUGAGACUGGCAAUGUGGCAGCACAAGACAACACCGUGUCCCUGUCUGCUGUUGAAAUGUCCUCUCCUGAAUCUAAUGAAGAGCAUCCCUGUCCUUUUGCUAGGAUUUCAGCCAUUCUGGACGACCACAGCUAUCUUCCGACCAAGUUUGGUGGUCUGGUAGAAAAUGCCUUGGUUUACAUAUCUGGAUUUGUUGUGAGGCAGAUUCUGCGUAAACUAACCUGUGACCCAUGUCGAGUCAGUUUGAUUCAAGAUGCCACACCGUCUUCAUUUGAUGAGAACUACCAUCUUCUGACUUUGAAAAAUAAUGGCGGGUUAGUGAUUCCCUCACAAGGCGUAGUGAAGGUGGUGAGAGCUGCAGAGAGGGUGAUUCGUGGUGCUUCACCAAACCAUCCUCCUAAGCUGUCCGCCGUCACAUACAUAGUCCGUGAAGACAUUGGAACAGAAGAUGUUUUCCAGCUUGGGGAACACACUCAGGAGACACAAUUUGGCAUUGACAAUCACCAUUCUGACUUGCUGUCAUUGGUUGUGUCUGUGUUUCUGAAGAUAAGGAUGCACCACAUUGCAAAAGUCACAUGUCUUGGUUUGCAGAAAGGCAACACCAGAAAAAAGCUCUGCAAAACUGUCCUAUUUCAAGGCUAUUAGAUUGUGUAAAAAUGUAAUGAAUAUGUAAAUACUGUCACAACAGAUAAGUAUGCAUGUGUGUAUGUGUGUAUAUAUGAGAUUAUCGGAAUAUAUACAUAAUGUGUGUGAAUAAAUUGCAUCUUUGGUUGUAUCUUGCAAAACAUGUCAUACUUUAAAACAUUGUAUUCCACCAAAAUUAUUUAAAUAUGCUAAACUAUACGUUCCUAUACAUGCAAUUUUAAUAGCUGUAUGCCUAAAAUUUAAUUAUGUGACAAUGUGAUUACUGUUCAGCGUGUUAUGAUCUAUUAAAUGCGCUGAUCCUU